AUGGCUUCAACUUUUGUGAGCGCGAAUCGGGCGAAGGGGAGCCUUGGUGAAGCCAUCAUCUACAAAGUGUUUUAUCCCUCAGUUGAGGGUGCUGUAGCCCGAAGACUUUUGCAGCUCUUUUACUUUGCAUUGGCAGCACCUUGGUUCAUUGCGUGGUGGGGCCUGCUCCGCUAUGCAAAAAUGGCUUACUUUUUUGUCAGUGGCAACACUUUCGAGCUGGACUACAAGAGCAUCCUCGCUCCCCUUUCCUUGAAGGGGGUGGUCCACGUGGGUGCAAAUGUCGGCCAAGAAGCAGCAACGUAUCAAGAGCUCAAGGUGCCGAAGGUCGUAUGGAUCGAGGCACAGGAGGAUUGCCGCAAGCCCUUGGAAGCAGCGCUCCAGAGGCACUGUCGCCUGGAGGAUGUGGUGGCCAUCACAGCCAUCUCGAGCCAAGCUGGUCCUGCCAAGCUCUUCCGAACGGACAAUUCGAUCUCCACAUCCUUGAAGCCCUUAGGAGAAGGUCAUAAGAACUACUUUCCCUUCAUUCAGCAGGCUGAAGUCCAGGAUAUCCAGACGGAGACUUUGAAUGGCUUGUUUCAGCGCCUGGCAUUGAAGCCUCAAGACUUCGACUUCAUGUACCUAGACGUUCAAGGCAGCGAGCUGGAUGUGUUACAUGGCUGUGAGGACGUGCUGCCACACAUCAGGUACAUCAUGACAGAAAUCUCGUCCGAAGAGCACUAUAAGGGCGGUUGUACAGAAAAAGACCUGCAUGCUUUCUUAGUCAGACAUGGCUUCACUCUCUUGCAAAGGCAAAUGCCUCCAAUCGGUCAUGGCAAUGCUUUCUAUGCCCGCUAG